GAGAGAGAGGGUAGGAUAAUUAGACGCGCGAUCUCCCACCACGGUUGACUUGGGUAUUUCGAUACGACGACAUCGAUGCCGACCAAUCGCCUCGUUAACGGACGAUAACUGCCCCCUAGCCGUUUAUCGGUCUCGUUCAAUUAACGGUCUCUCCUUAUCCGGGCCUCCGAUUCCCCCCUCCCCCCCACCACCUCCUUUUUUUCCACGCAUCUCGGUAAAUCGCACGCCCGGCAAAAUGGCGGACCAAUAAUAACAACAACAACAAGCGUCGAUAUUUUUGCGUCUCUGUUCGAACGAAUCCUUCAUGGCCAUUCUCCUUUUUUUCCUUCUCCUUCGUUUCGCGUAACAACGAAAUCUUGAAUGGAAAAAAGAAAUGGAAAUGUGCGAUUUUAAUAAGUCGCGACGUUCUGCGGAAAAGAGAAUAUAUAUAAGAAUGAAAGUUUAAUUUAAUCAGAGUUGGGUAUUAAUCCGUUGAGAAAAUUAGUUAACAAUAUUGAAUAACAUUUAUUCGUAAUUUAUUACUAUGUUUUGAAAUAAAUUAUGUUUAAGUUAGUUCGUAAUUUCAGCUGUUAGAAUAUCGGCCCACCCGAGCAUGUAAAAUUUCUUUCACUAUAUAUAUAUAUAUAUAUAUAGAGAUUGAAUGAUAAUAAUAAGCAGACAAGUAAUUGAGGAAUUAUCCUCUAUGCGAAUUCUCGCUUUGCAACGGGAAUCAACGUGGUAGGAUUCAUAAGAUCGGUGCGAAUUCCUCCUUUAAGAUUAAAUGCAAUUGGAAAUGUCAAACGUAUAUUGUGCAUCCCUCUCCACAAAUCUCUCUCUCUCCCUAUUAUUCGUAUUAUCGUUACGAAUCUUGCCUCUGAUUUUAUCGAGAGUUUCGAACAGCGUUGCGUCCGCCCGAUCCUUGACGCGGACCACUAACCAUUCACGUCCCGUGAACCGUUUACCUGCACUCCUCGACGCUCGAAACAUGGAUCGAGCAUUUUUUUUCCACGCGAUUCCUUUCAAUGUUAAUUCGUCCCUCUAUUUACUUUCAAUUUGGGAAAAAAAGAGGUUUGCUUUCCUAAGGGAAGAGGAGGGGCGAAGAAGGAUGUCGAACGACGAGGAGAAACCGUUCGCGGUGGAGAGGGCGAAAAGUGGGCGGGCCAAAUGCAAGAAGUGCAAGUGUCCAAUAGAGAAGGACACGGUGAGGAUCGCCAAAUUGGUCGCGAAUCCGUUCACGGAUGGCAAGAUGAAAGCGUGGCAUCACCUGACCUGCCUAUUCGAGGUAUUCGCUAAACAGAGAGCCAGUACCAAGCGAAUAGACGAUCCCGCGGAGGACGUGAGCGGGUGGGAAGAUCUGAGCAAGGAGGACAGAGCGAUCGUGCUUCGUAUGAUCGAAGAGUUCGAAAAGGAUUCGAAAAAUCACACUCCUAAGGGGAAAGCAGUGGAAGCGAGAAAGCGCAAAAGUGACAUUGGCACGAAAUCCGAUCCUUCUCCGAGCAAAAAAACUAAGGAGAAAGAGAAGGAGAAUGAGAAGAAGAAGAAGAAGAACGAUUCGAUAUCCUCGAGCGAGAAGGAAGAAACGGAUAGCUCCUCGGCGACCAGGAGCCCAGAGAAAAGAGCGACGAGAGACGAUUCGUUCAAGGAAUUUCAACGGGUUUGCAACGAUGUGGCAAAAGUGGACGCGUAUACCGAAAAAACGGCCGUCAUGAAAAGCUUGUUCAGCAAAGGAUCCGAAGCUGACGGUUUUAAAAGCGACGUGAAGCUGUGGUGCAGAAUGUUGCUUCCCGGGGCCGUGAAGAGGGUGUACAACUUGCAAAGCAAACAAUUGGUCAAGCUGUUCUCUCGGAUACUGCUCGAGGACGAGGGCGAGAUGCUGGAACAUCUCGAGCGAGGAGACGUAGCUGAAACCAUCCGAUCCUUUUUCGAGAGAAGCGCCGCUCGAAAGCCAGCUGAAAACAGCGUGCUUACCAUUCAACAGGUGGAUGAAUUUCUGCAAGAGUUAUCGCUUUUAACCAAAGAGGAGGAGCAAAUUAGCCACUUUUGUUCCAUCGUCUCGAGAUGCACUCUGGACGAUCUAAAGAUGAUAAUCCGGCUGAUCAAGCACGAUUUAAGGAUAAAUGCCGGUCCGAAACAUGUUUUGGCCGCGGUGCACGAAGACGCUUACGAGGCUUUCCAAACAUCCAGGGAUUUGAACAGCGUCAUCGAACGGUGUUUGCAACGAUCGAAGAAGUCGAAAUCGAAGAAGCAAGAGUCGAAUUCAUCCAAUGUCGAGAUUACGCUUAUGACACCCGUUUUACCUAUGCUGGCAGAGGCUUGCAAAUCCGUGGAAAUGGCGAUGAAGAAAUGUCCAAAUGGAAUGCUGGCCGAAGUGAAGUACGAUGGAGAACGCGUUCAAGUGCACAAGAAAGGGAACGAAUUUCGAUACUUUAGCAGAUCUUUGAAACCAGUGCUUUCUCAUAAAGUGAAUCUCUUCAAGAAUUAUAUUCCGCAAGCUUUUCCAGACGGCGAUGAUCUGAUUUUAGAUUCCGAGAUACUCAUGAUCGAUACAAAUACCGGAAAACCGUUGCCCUUUGGUAGCUUGGGCAUUCAUAAGAAAGCUGAAUUCAAAGAUGCAAAUGCCUGUUUGUUCGUUUUCGAUUGUAUUUAUUACAACGGACAUGUUUUGUUGCACAAAUCUAUGAUUGAGCGAAGACAGAUAUUAACGGAGAGAAUGUCAGAGAUACCAAACAGAAUAAUGCUCUCGGAAACGGAGGAAAUCUAUAAUUCUCAAGAUUUAGCGAAAAUGAUCGCCAAGAUUCUCAAUAUGGGUCUUGAAGGCUUAGUCCUCAAAGAUAUUCACAGCAAAUAUGAACCGGGUAAAAGGCACUGGUUGAAGGUAAAAAAGGAUUAUUUAUACGACGGUGCGAUGGCCGAUAGUGCAGAUCUCGUCGUGCUCGGCGCAUGGUACGGUACAGGGAACAAAGGAGGUAUGAUGUCUGUAUUCCUCAUGGGUUGCUACGAUGAAGAUCGUGACAAUUGGGUAACGGUGACCAAAGUACACACUGGUCACGACGAUGCAACUCUGGCAAGCCUUCAGGAUGAGCUCGAUAUGAUAAAAAUAGGCAAGAAUCCAACUAAAGUACCGCGUUGGUUACGCGCUAAUAAACCAAUGAUUCCCGACUUUGUUGCAAAGGAUCCGAAGAAACAACCGGUGUGGGAAAUAACGGGGGCAGAGUUCACCAAUCAGGGUGUUCACACAGCUGAUGGCAUCAGUAUCAGAUUUCCACGUGUAACGCGCAUUCGUCGAGAUAAAGAUUGGUCUUUAGCCAUCACUUUAAAUGAAUUGCGAAAUCUUUUCAAAAAGAGUUCCCAGUCGAUAGAUCUUUCUCUUCUUUUGCCUUCGACUUCUAAGAAAGAAAUUGAUAAAAGGAGAAUGAACGAAGAAGAUUCAUCUUUUUUGAGCACAAAAGCGAAACGCGAAGAUGAAAGAUCAAAGUCUCCAACAAGGAAAAAUAGGGAUUCAAAAACGAUUAAAACACCUUCUCCAAGGAAAUCUCCCGCAAAGCCAGCAGCCAGCAGUUCUCCUCGUGCACGAUCUAGAUCUAACGGAAGAAAUAAGAAGGAUCAAAGAAGGAACGACGAUGCAGAAAAAAAUGUUUUCAACGAACGGGAUACAGAGGCAGCGUAUUAUGCUUUUGUAGAUAAGGACUUCAUCGAGUAUUCCGCUGCAGGAGUCCCGUUAAAUUGGAUCGAAGGACGAAAACCCAAGGAUGGUCUUCCGUCGGAUGCAAAAUCGUUGCAUAAUUUAACGAGCGACGAAUUGAAAUCUAAAAGCGUUUUAAAGGAUACACCGAUCAGCUUGGCGCCAAGCUUUAAGAAAAGCAAGCAACGUGAUUACGUUCGCAACAUGCUCAAGACUCUUGGGGCUAAGGUGUUGAACGGCGAAGGCAAAUCCACGGCCACGUAUAUGAUUCAUCCUUGUAAGGAAAUUCUAUCGUCCGCUCUUCACGAAUUCGAGGAUGUUCCAAAGGCGGUAAGGCACGUGAGCAUCUCUUGGGUAGAGGCGGCCGCCUCUACCAUGGAAAUUCAAGAGGCGGAAGAGCACGCGGUGGAACUGGCCGAGAGUUAUUGUUCCUGCCCCUGUUCUCAUCGAUGACCAUCUUUCAGCAAAAUGGCGUAGAAUUCAGCGGGAGGAGAAUUUUGCGUUUACCUUUUUUUCCUCGCAUCCCGGUACGUUUUGUCCUUGAAAUCGAGUGUUGGAAACUCUCGACCGCUUUUACGAAAGAAAAUUGUAGAAAAUUGUAAAUUGUACAUUCUAUAUUUAUUUCGCUACUUGAUACUCGUAGCAAGAUAUUAUUCUUGAAGAAAAUAAAGAGAUCGAUCUUAUACAGUA